UUCUCUCAUUCUGAAGGAUUUAUUUUCUAAUUUUGAAGAUGAUCUCCAGAAUUUGGAUUAGCCCAAUCAUUUUUCAUGCAGUUUGCUAGGGUGUUGUGCUGUUACUGGUCGAGCAAUGUGUUGUUUUGCUCCCCAUGGAGAACUAUGAAUCUCUGAUCUUCUGCUAAAAUACAGGUUUCCCUUAGCCCAUGUAGAAGAUGUCAACCAUGGUGUAUCCACGUGAAGAGAAGCUUGAGAAGCUUUCACAGGAGGAGAUAAUCUCCAACACGAAACUGGUGAUCCAGGGUCUGGAGGCCCUGAAAAACGAGCACAACUCCAUCCUCCACAGCCUGUUGGAGACCAUCAAGUGCCUGAAGAAGGAUGAAGAGGCCAACUUGGUCCAUGAGAAGUCCAACUUGCUUCGCAAGUCAGUGGAGAUGAUUGAACUGGGUCUGGGAGAAGCACAGGUGAUGAUGGCCCUGUCCAACCACCUAAAUGCAGUGGAAUCAGAGAAGCAGAAGUUGCGUGCACAGGUCAGGAGGCUUUGUCAGGAAAACCAGUGGCUUCGAGAUGAGCUUGCUAACACCCAGCAGAAGCUGCAGAAGAGUGAACAAAAUGUUGCCCAGCUGGAGGAGGAGAAGAAGCACCUGGAGUUUAUGAACCAGCUCAAAAAAUAUGAUGAGGAUGUGUCACCCACUGAGGAGAAAGACCGAGAAACACCCAAGGAUUCUCUGGAUGACCUCUUCCCCAAUGAUGAUGAGGAGAACAGCCAAGGAAUACAGCAUCAGCAUAACAGUGCAGCUGUGGCAGCAGCCCAACAGGGAGGUUAUGAAAUCCCUGCUCGUUUGAGAACCCUGCACAACCUGGUGAUCCAGUACGCGUCCCAGGGCAGGUAUGAGGUAGCCGUGCCCCUGUGCAAGCAGGCACUGGAAGAUCUGGAGAAGACCUCCGGACACGACCACCCUGAUGUGGCAACCAUGCUCAACAUCCUGGCCUUGGUCUACAGGGAUCAGAACAAAUACAAAGAGGCUGCCCAUCUGCUGAAUGACGCUCUGUCUAUUCGAGAGAAAACCCUGGGAAAAGACCACCCUGCGGUUGCUGCAACAUUGAACAACUUGGCUGUGCUUUAUGGAAAGAGGGGGAAGUAUAAGGAGGCUGAGCCUCUGUGUAAGAGGGCUCUGGAGAUCAGAGAAAAGGUCCUAGGGAAGGACCACCCAGAUGUAGCCAAACAGCUGAACAAUCUGGCUCUGCUGUGUCAGAAUCAGGGCAAGUAUGAAGAGGUGGAGUACUACUACUGCCGUGCCCUGGAAAUCUACGAGUGCAGACUGGGUCCUGAUGAUCCGAAUGUCGCCAAAACCAAGAACAACCUGGCAUCCUGCUUUCUCAAACAGGGGAAGUACAAGGAGGCUGAGAUUCUGUACAAAGAGAUUCUGACCCGUGCCCAUGAGAAAGAGUUCGGAUCUGUUGAUGCUGAAAACAAGCCCAUUUGGAUGCAUGCAGAGGAAAGAGAGGAAAUGAGCAAGGGCAAACACAGAGACAAUACCCCAUACGGCGAGUACGGAGGCUGGUACAAGGCCUGCAAAGUCAACAGCCCCACUGUUAACACCACCCUGAGAAACCUGGGAGCUCUGUACCGCCGACAGGGCAAGCUGGAGGCUGCCGACACCCUGGAAGAAUGUGCCGUGAGGUCACGCAAGCAGAGCAACACAGGCAUUGACCCAAUCCACCAGACACGUGUGGUGGAGAUCCUGAAGGAUACAGAGGGUGACAGGCGGAGGAGCAGGGACAGCCUGACCAGCGUUAAGUACGAGAGCGGCUCUGAGACUGGCGAGGAAGUGAGUAUGGGCGUGGAGUGGAAUGGGGAUGGCAGUGGGGCCCUCCAACGCAGCGGCUCUUUGGGGAAGCUCAGGGACGUUUUACGCCGCAGCAGUGAGUUGCUGGUUAAGAAACUCCAGGGCAACGGCCCGCCUGAACCUCGUAACACCAACAUGAAACGAGCUGCUUCUUUAAAUUACCUGAAUAAGACCAGUGAUGACCCCUUCCAGACACGUGGAAUUGGUUCUCUGAGGCAGAGCCGGGGCCUGAGUUCCAGCACUGUGGAUCUGUACACCUCAAAGUGAGCUGCAGGGGGCAGCAGAGUCCCUGUCAUUUUCGCUCAAACACCUUUUAUUGACACAAACACACACACACCCGUCUCCAGAACUCAAGCCCAGUAUUUGGUGGAGUAGUUUUGUUUUUGCCCUUGCUGGAUUUUUUCUGAUCACUCGGUGUCUCUGAAGCUAAAUUCAAUAAUAUCAAAGCCUGAUUGUGAAAAACCCGUCACUCCUCACUCUCCGCUGAUGCCUCUGUGAUGUCAUACAGCUGUUUCAUGUGCCAAUUUUUUUUUUUAAUGAGUGCGCAGGUUUUUGGGGUGUUUGGGAGCAUGUUAGGCUUGAUGUGACCUGCUUAGAAACAGGAUGUGAUUACACUGUUUUAAAAAUAAUGAAAACAAAUGGUCCUCUGGUAAUUGUGCCUGUUGAGAUUUGUUUGUUUGUUUUUUUUGGUGUCAGCUGAUGUUUUUGUAAAUGGGGUGAAAUAUUUCUCCCACUCAUAAUUUGUGUCACAUGACUUGUUGCUGAUGAUGUUUGGACAGAGUUGGACUUCAGUCUGCAGCUUUAAGAUCUACAGUUAGGUCCAUAAGUAUUUGGACACCGAUUGUGCUGAUGAAAAUAAUGCUGGCUGUCAGCAGAUAAUUCGAGGUUAAUUGAUAAUUACGGUACUUCUAGUGCAGUCCACCACUUCAUGGGACCAAAUGUUACUGUAAACCUGCCUGCUGAGAUGUUUCAUGCGUUAUUUUUGCCAUGUGACAGAUUAAAGUCCUUGAUUUGAUUUGUCCCAGAUCUGCUGGAGUUCAGGUGAAUGCUGUGGCUCUGUGUGGUCAGUCUCUACAGCAGGUUGAUGUCAAACUGUGUGCGCACAAACCACCACAUAAACUCUGAAGGACUUUAGUGGCUGUGAUUGGACAGGCCAGUCACGGCUUCUACGUAGGUCUGGAACUCAGACAUUCCUGAAUGUUCAGGUCUGGAAGCAUACGGUGUUGCUGCACGGCACCAUCACCUCCUUCAGGAAAGGUUCUGGGUCUGUUUUGGGAUCUGCUUGGGCAGAGCAGUGGCCCAUCUGAUCAUCAUGAAAGCAGACUGAGCUGUGACUCAUGGCCACCCCCUUGACCUCAGUCAGAGCCUGCAGUCCUCAAAACUGUGGAAGGACAAAACUUGUCAGGGCACAUUGAUGUCAUAUUUGUAACAGAUGUAACUGUCAGGGUUUUUUUGUGCUUAGAGAGACAUGGGGCUGCUAUUAAUCUUGAAAUCAUUCAGAACAUCUGUGUUCGGUUUCAAAGAAAAAUAAAGAAAUGUUGAACUUUGUGACUUGUA